AGCCAGUACAGAAGAUUAACUAACAUUCAAAAUUAUUUGAAUUGUUGAAUUACAAUUAAAAAUUAGUGAUUGUUUAAUUUAUAUUGAUUAUACUUAAAACUGUUCGUUCAAUCAAAGUGACCAUAUAAUGAGUACCGGUUCCUUAGUGUUAUAUUGCGCCUUUACCUAAUCGUUUCUGAUUCCCCCCUUUUUUUCAUAGGACAAGGCCCAGCAUCAGCGGGUAAAUGCGGAUAAGAACCAGCAUCAGCGGGUAAAUGCCGAUGAGACUUUUUUGCCUGGUCACUGGAAUUUAAAUAAGAUUGGUCAUAUUGCAAGAAAUCCAGGUCACUUAGUUGUUCCCGGAGGUGCUGAUGCCUGGUCAAUGGUUGAGGUCAUGUCCGGUGGCUUGAACAAUAAUCCAGGUCAGCAUCAUUUAGGCCAAGUAACGACUACAGGUCAUCAUGUUAUGUACCAAAAUGUUCAGGCUGUCAACGCCAGUGGAAGUGGCCAGCACCAUCAACAAAAUCAAGGGAUGAUGGUCCACCAUCACGGUAAAUCAAAUAAAAAGAAGCCAAAAGUCAACAAGGACGGAGUUCCAGCGCCCAAAAGAGCUACAACUGCUUACAUAAAUUUUACUCAAUGGUACAGAGAAGAAUUGAAAAAAUCGGGUCGCCCUAUUCCCAAGAUUGGCGAAUUUGGCAAAGAGUGUGCCGGUAAAUGGAAUCAAAUGUGCGAAGAAGAGAAACAACCCUUCCUCGAAGUAGCUGCCAAAGACAGGGAACGGUACAAGAAGGAAAUGGCCGUCUAUAAACCUGCCCGAGAUGCAAACAAGCCUAAACGACCUGGUACAGCAUUUAUGUUAUUCAUGGGCGAUUUUCGUAAAGAAAUGGCCGGUAAAGAACCUGAAGGGGGUGUAGCUGCUCUGGCCAAGUUGGGUGGUGAAAGGUGGCGAGGUAUGACGGAUGAAGAAAAAAGGCCAUACGUUGAAAAACAAAACGAAGAAAAAGUUCGUUAUGAAGCCAAUAUGGAAGAUUAUCGUAGAAAGAGCGCAGAAUCUCUAACCAGUGGGCCACAAGUUAAGCAAGCAAGGCUAUCCACUGAAGGAUCAGAAGGAGGAGAAGACUCGGCAUCAACAACUAAUGACAAUAAUCAAGAUCAUUCAAAUCAAUCACAAUCUCAGGAUCAGCAACAGCAACAAGCUCAAAACAUGGUCAUCAGGCAACAGGAAACUCCAUCACCAGCAUCUUCAUCGCCAAGUCCUGCAAAUCAGCAACAACAGCAAGAACAACAAGAGCAGCAGCAGGAACAAAAUAUCAACAAUUCAAGCAUGUCUUCAAUGAACAUAAAUCAAGCAAUUACUAACCAUGCAUUAGCUUCUAUGGGUUACGGUCAACACUCAUUUGGGAACUUUAUACAUCCUGGUAGCCCUGGAGUUAUGGCUGCAAAUUAUAAUCAAGCUCAUCAAGGUGGAUUAUCUGUUAGUAAUGUAGGCUCUUCAUACUUACAAUCGGGAGCUGGAGGAACAUACACACAAGGACCUCAUUAUAAUUGGAAUCAACUGAAUUAGCAAGAUAAGGAACAGCAGAGCUACUCAGGAAUUCGAACUCAUUAGAGCGCUUUUCAUUUGUUUCAUCUUUCUCUUCUCUCUACUUCCAUCUUUCUUUAACUCUAAAAAACGUUCAAUACACCUUUAAAAAAAGUGGUAUCAUCAAUUUUAACUUUUGCUUAUAAUUUUUUCUACUAUAAGCAAAAAUACCAUUUAUUAUCAAUGCUUCUUAAUUAAAAAUCAACAUUACCGUUGGUUCUUUGAAGUUAUACCACUUUUUUAUAGGAAAGUCUUUGUUUUUGAAAAAAUUAUUAUGCACUAAUAACAGUGCUGCAUCUUAAUACAGUUAAUACUGCAUUUUGCGCAAUCGGUUUUAUCUUAUUUAAAAUUGGUAUGAGCUAGUUAGACCACUACAUUGAGGAAAUUCAUUGAUAAAACUCGAGGCGGAGCCGAGAGUUUUAACCAAAACAAAGACUUCUUUUCUUCAUCUUCUUACUCUUCUUCCUAGGAAUCUCAUUUACUUAAUUAAUGUAUUAACAUUUUUUUCAUUUCAUUUCGCUUUCAAAUUCAUGAAUCUGUUUUAAAUCAUCUGUCAAAAUUUUGCAUCACAAUAACAAAGUGGAAUCUUCAUCGACACCAAUUUCAUCAACCCUCAGUUUUUUUUGUUUGUCUCUUACGAUUGAGAGAUGAAAAAUGUAAAUGCAAAUCGAUCUGCUAAAUCCACCAACUACACAAGUCAUAACACCCACAACGCACCGAUUUCGCUGUCGCGCAGCCAACAACAACUUUAAUUAUCUUAAAUUUACUUUGAUUCACAUUGGUGGGAUAUAAUUUUAACCUAGGAUAUCUAUAAAAUUGAAAUCAUACAAAAGAACUUGAAAGCAAAAUUAAAAAUCUUCUCUUUAUA